AGCACAAGUGGGCAGAGAGGCAGGCAGAGAGAAAGGGAGAAGCAGGCUCUCCUCUGAGCAGGGAGCCCGACAUGGGGCUCGAUCCCAGGACCCCGUGGGAUCAUGACCUGAGCCGAAAGCAGACGCUCAACCGACUGAGCCACCCAGGCACCCCUUGAGCAGGAUUAAGGGAUAAAAAAUCGUUUUGUGAAAAUUAAUCUGAUGGGUGGGUGAUAAAGAUGGAUUAUGGGGGGGAACAUUCCAUUUAGGAGAGAGAUUCUUUCGUUCGUUCUUUCUUUUAAAGAUUUAUUUAUUUUAGGGGGAGGGGCAGACGGAGAGAGAAUCUUCAGCAGACUCCCCACGGAGUGAGGGGCCCGACGACAGGCAGGCUCAAUCUCACAACCCUGAGAUCAGGACCUGACCUGGUAUCAAAAGUCAGACACUCAAAUCAACUGACUAAGCUAUCCAGGUGCGCCUAGGAGAGAGAUCCUUUAGAAGCCAGGAAAAUCAACUAGAUAGGAGAUGACAAGGACUUGAGUAACUGUGGGAGCAAUAGGAAUGGAAAGAAAGGGUUUGUUAGACAAGAAAGUGACAUUCAUAGGAAUUGGUGACUGAUUAGAAGGGAAGGGGAGGGAAGUCACCAACCUAGUUGCCCUGUUUAGUUCAUCCAUCUAUAUGGCUUCUGACCAGAGAACAGGCCAAAGAGAAACCCCUAAGGAACAUCCCUGACCUCCACAGAAACUUACAUGGAAUAUUUUCAGAGUCUGAGACUCACCCUCACCCUGACCUCGCUCACCUUGACCCACCCAGAUCUGUUAUACUCCAAGGCCUGUGCUCUUUCCAUGUUGGGCCCAACAUUGGAAACCAUUUAAAGUUCUCACUGAGGUUGGUCUGCCAAAGCCACUGGGAUUCUCCAUGUCGGUCACUAUCUUGGGCUUGAGACUAAAAAGGAGGGCACUGUUGGGCUGAUGCCAGACUGUUUUCAUUAACCCCUUCCCUGGGCUCCUCUCAGCUUUGGGAGGCAGAGCAUAAACCAAUUUGACCAGGACCCAGAAGACUGGGUCAGGCUGGGCUGGAAUGAUGAGGGAGAGCUUGAUCAACUGGAGAGAUCGGAAGGUUGGCAACUUGCUCAAUGUAGCAUGCAAAGUGGGGAAGUGAAAGGACUCUACUCCCAAGACUAGGGUUGUAGCUGGGGCUGGAGGUGAUGUCACAUAAACACUGCUGAGGUCAUAGAAGCUUCCCUCUCCUCCCCUGUCUGUUUCCCUAUUGCCACACAGUCUCUCCGCUCAGCUGGCUCCCACAUACCUGCACACACAUAAACAAAGGCUGGGAAGGGUCAGACACCAUUCGGGUACUCUUAGGUGCACAAAAGUGGUGGGGAAGUGGGUGGUAGUGUGAUUAUUCAGUAUGUAGGAUCCACACUAGUACCCCAAUGCUAGAAACAGUAGGUGGGAUGGGAGUGAGGGGGGAAAAGGAAAGAGAGGGACAGGGAAGAGGGGCUUUGUUCCUAUUACUGAUCCUGAUUUUAUCUUAACCCCCAUCUUUAUUACUCCUCAGUCCUCCCAUCCCCUCCUCCUUCACCCCCAAGUCUCCCCCCGUGCUGUCCUCCCCUACCUCCAGUUGAUCAUGGCAUCAGAAGCAGGGAAAACUUUCCAGAGGUUUGCUGUCUUUGGAGAAUCAUCGAGCAGUGCCACUGAAAUGAACAACAAAAACUUCUCCAAGCUAUGCAAAGACUGUGGCAUCAUGGAUGGCAAGACAGUCACCUCCACUGAUGUGGACAUCAUAUUCAGCAAAGUCAAGGCCAAGAAUGCCCGAACCAUCACAUUUCAGCAGUUCCAGGAGGCAAUGAAGGAACUGGGCCAGAAACGAUUCAAGGACAAGAACCCAGAUGAAGCUCUGGAGAACAUUUAUAAACUCAUGGAAGGCAAGGAUCCAGCUACCACUGGUGUUACUAAAGCAACGACAGUGGGUGGGGUGAGCCGGCUGACGGACACCAGCAAGUACACGGGCACGCACAAGGAGCGCUUUGAUGAGAGUGGCAAGGGCAAAGGCAUCACAGGACGGGAAGAGACAACUGACAACUCAGGCUACGUGAGUGGCUACAAGGGUGCUGGCACCUAUGACAAGAAGAGCAGCAAAUAAGAAGUAGCCUCAACAACUAGGGUCAAUUAGUCCUCAGCCUGGCAUCGUAAACACCAGGGAGCAUAGGGAACAAUAAACAUCUGUGUGUACAGCAGCCAAUGAGCCCUGUCUUCCGUCAGGAUGAGGGAUAGAUGGGCCCCCCAGUGCAGAGAGAAGAGAGAGCCCGAGGAGUCAGGGUUUCCAGUUCCGCACCCUUUCUCUACUUAGCCUCAUGCCUCCCAGCCAGAAGUUAGCAUUCCCUUCAACAACUGGUUCUAAGAACAGAGCUGAGGAAUAUAUUUGGGGGUAAGAGACAAACCAGAUGUGGAGGCGAAAGUAUUGCUCCUUUGCAUUCAUACGUUACUGGUAUCCACCAAUCUUAUCUCCCAGAGGAGAGUAGCAAUUCCUGAUUUGACAUAGUAUGACCCAGACACCACCAACUAGAUGCUUCCCUGUCCCUCUACCUUCCUCAUCUGUUGUAGUCCAGGUUUUGUUGGAGAAAUAGAAACCAGCUAGAAUGGGCCAAGGACUUACUCGGCUUGA